UUCCCACAGGCAGCUUCUCCACCAGGAUUCCUCCAACCCUGAGUUUGCACCCCGCGCCGCGGCAGGUCGCCGCCAUGGGGUCAGUGGCCCCGGGCCUGGCCUGGGCCGUGCUUCUGCUCCCCGUCUUGGCGUGCGGGGUCCCCUCCGACGAGCUCCUGUCUGCAGAACCCGCGCCGGGGCAGUGCCGCAGGUGCUGUGCGCCCGGGGAGUUCCCAGCGCGGCCCUACGUGCUGCCUGAAGUGAGGCCCUACAUCAACAUGACCAUCCUCAAGGGCGACAAGGGGGACCGCGGCCCGCCGGGCGCCCCGGGCAAGCUGGGCCGGGAGGGCGCGCGGGGCGAGCGCGGCCCCCCGGGCGGCAAGGGGGCGCGGGGCGCGGCGGGCCGGCCGGGGGCGCCGUGCCGCGCGCGCUACUCGGCCUUCUCGGUGGGCCGCAAGGCGGGUCUGCACAGCGGCGACGGCUUCCAGCCGCUGCGCUUCGACACGGUCUUCGUCAACCCCGACGGCCACUUCGACCUGGACGCCGGCCACUUCCUGGCGCCCCUGCGCGGCCUCUACUUCUUCAGCCUCAACGUGCACAGCUGGAACUUCAAGGAGACGUACGUGCACGUGGUGCGCAACGACGAGGCCGCCGUCAUCCUGUACGCGCAGCCCAGCGACCGCAGCAUCAUGCAGAGCCAGAGCGUCAUCCUGGCGCUGGCGCCCGGCGACCGCGUCUGGGUGCGGCUCUUCAAGCGCGAGCGCGACAACGCCGUCUACAGCGACGACGUGGACACCUACAUCACCUUCAGCGGCCACCUGGUCAAGCCCGAGGACGAGGGCGAGGACGAGUAGCGCGGCGGCCGACGGCUCUCCUCUCAUCCCCCCCACCCCAGGGACCCCCAAGGGGCGCCCUUCCCUCCCCCAGGACCCCCUCGCCUCGCUUCCUCUGUUUCUGCCUCUCUCCUGCCUCUCUCCAUUCCUUUUAGUCACACCUGGCAAUGCACAGAGCAUUGGCACAGAGCAUUGGCUCUGCACUCAGGAAUUACUCCUGGCGGUGCUCGGAGGAUCAUGGGGGAUGCCAGGGAUUGAACCCGGAUCGGCCGCAUGCAAGGCAAACACCCUCCCUGCUGUGCUAUCAUUCCGCCUCUUCCCGGCCUAUUUUUUGGGGAGAGGGGAGGUCACACCCGACGAUACUCAGGGAUUCCUCCUGGCUCUGCACUCAGGAAUCACUCCUGGCGGUGCUCAGGGGAUCCUAUGGGAUGCCAGGGAUUGAACCCGGGUCGGCCGCAUGCAAGGCAAACGCCUUCCCUGCUAUGCUAUCAUUCCGGCGUCUCUCCGUCCUUUUUUUUUUCCUUUUUGGGUCACACCCGGCGAUGCUCAGGAGUUCCUCCUGGCUCAGCACCAGAAAUCACUCCUGGCGGUGCUCGGGGGACCCUAUGGGACGCUGGGAAUCAAACCCGGGUUGGCCGGGUUGGCCGCGUGCAAGGCAAACGCCCUCCCCGCUGUGCUAUCACUCCAGCUUCUCUCCAUCCUUUUUUGGUUCUGUUCUGUUUUGUACUAUUAGGGCCACACCCGGUGGUGCUCAGGGAUCACCCCUGGCGGGCUCGAUCAUGUAGGAUGCCAGGGACUGAAUCCCGCAUUGAACCCUUGCACACGAUGGGGCGGCGUGUGCAAGGCCAGCGUCCUCCGCUGUUGUCUCUCCAGUCCCCUUGGACGCGUUUCUUGCUUUGUUUGUGUUGGGCCACACCCAGCAGUGCUCAGGGGUGGCUCCUGGCUCCACGCUCCGGAAUUCCCUGCUCCUGGCUGUGCCUGGCACCACACAGGAUGCUGGGGAUGGAACCCAAGUUGGCCCGCACGCAGGGCAAAUGCCCUCCCCGCUGGACUAUGGCUCCAGCCCCAUCUUUGUUGGGUACAUUUUAACACACAUGCUCGCAUCUUAAAUGUUCUAGAACAUUCCCAAGAUGUGCCCGCAAAGCACCGGGGGUCUUGUUACCAUUCUUUGGGGGGACCCGGGAGCCUGCCAGGCUAGGAAAUUCCCAUGAAGAGGUGCUGCUAUUGCUACUUUGGGGAGUGAUUCUGGAACUUUCCCAACAGAUUCUCCUUCCAGAAAGUUCUAGACUCUUCCAGACCUUCUAGAAUCUCCCCAGACUCCUUCACUCCUCUCGUCCUUCUAGGAACCUCCUCCUCUGGCCUCCGACUCCCCCUUCCCUUCUUUUUCACACUCCCCUGGACCCCCCAACCCCGAGCAAUCGCUGCUCGCUCAUUCCCUCAUCAAACCCCGAGUGGGCUUUGGGAAAGUUGGGGCGGUGGGAGUGGAGAGGGGGACUCAGACCCCACCACGGCCCUGGGGUGAGGGGCUCCUGGCCAGCCAAAGCGGGGAGAUACCAGAUUUUGAAAUGAGCCCCCAUGAAAAGUGGGGAGUCCUAGUCACACAAGUGUGGGGUCUGGGUGCUAAGGCUCAAAGGCCCCCCGCUCCCUACCGCUCCCCCGCCGGCAGACCAGGGUCUCUGCCCACAUCCCUCCUUCCUGCCCGCGCCCAGAAUUCAGGCAAGCCCCUGGGGGGGCUGGGUCAGCGCCAAGGUGCUCUGAGGGGACAACUCAGGUCUUCGGGGAGGUUUUGGGGUGCAGCCUAGCGCCCCACCUCCCUGGCACACUGGUCUGGGAGCUCCGGCUCACUGCCUCCCCUCUGCCUGCCCCACUCCUGGGGUUUUGUAAGGUCCGGCCUCAGUUUACCCAAGUUCCCCUCCUCCGUCACCACCGGUGUCGUCCCCAGGUGCUCUCUGACCGUCCUUGUCCCCUGCGCUACAGGCUUUGAGAAAGGUGCUGAGGCCCCGGUGGGCACCCCCCACCCCCGAGGGUCGCCUCUGGCCGUGCCUUCCCUCACCCGGGCCCGGGCCAGGAUGCAGAGUCCAGGCCAGGAUGCAGAGUCCCAGCCCGGUACCCUCAGCAGGUCUGAGACAACUCCUUCAGGGUCCCCAUGGGGCCCCUCCUCUGAGUCAUGAGGCCCGUGAGUGGCCCCAGGAGAGGCCAUGGCCAGGGCAGUCCACCCAGGCCCCCAUGUUCUCCCCUUGGGAGGCCUCCUCCAGGCUGGCCCCCUGGUUUUCUCCUCUCCCACCCCAGGGGCCCAGCCCUCUCCUGGGAGACACGUGGCCUCCACCCACUGGUGCUCACACAGAC